CCCCCCACCCUUUCCGAAUCCCUGUCUCCCAGUCACUGCUGCAUGUGUUUGCCCUGAAAUCCAGCCAGCUCUUGGUAGCGGCUAGUCCCACCCGUGCCGUGUUUUCUGUGCCCCCUCCCCCUUGCGCCUUCACUCGCCUUCCUGGCCUCGCUCUUUGCCUCCAGUGACCUCAAGGAAAAGCAGCCACACAUUCCGGUGCAUUCCGUUGUGCCCUUGUGUUUCUAGGUGUGGAUUAAAGUUGGGCUGUUUUGACAUUCCUCCCCUCUGCGUCCCCUCCCCCUUUGGGGUCAUCCUUGGCCUCAAGCAGCCUGCAUGGCACAGGUAGUGCUCCCAGGGCCUCUGGCCUCUCUCCUUGCGCUCCCUGGGGGGAGGGUGUGUAUGACAAACCCACUCUUGACCUCUUGCCUCCCCCCAAGCCUCCCAGGCCCCUUCCUCCUUCCCCCACGAAUACCCCCCACCCCACCCCAGGAGCCCAGUCUCUGGAAUGCAGUUGGCAACUGAGCCUUGUGCUGUUCACUUCCCUUUUCUUUUAUUCUCUUUUUCACUUUGCUUUUGGGAAAAAGUCCCAGUGAUGCACUCCUCAUUCCAGCUGAUAAAGCUCUCUCGGUUGUACAACUGUGUCUGGUUUCCUUUCUUUGGGUGAUCCCUCAACUGGAUCCAGGCUGCUUCUGGCUCUGUGUGUGUGUGUGUGUGUGUGUGCGUGCGUGCGUGCGUGCGUGUGCAUACGUGCUUAGAGACCCCAUCCUGAGCCGAGCCAUCUCUGCCUGGUUGGGAAAGGGCUUGGCCUGGCCUGUUCCUCCCGGGCUCUUUCCUCAGGGUGCCCUCCAGGGCGCCUCCUCCUUGGUGCCCUGAGGCAGGAGAAAUCCUUGUGUUGGGGGAAAUGGGUUUCUUCACAAGCAUUUACUACAGUUCUUGUAAUCACAGUUUGUGUUUUUUUGCCUAAUUUUAAAAAGCGCCCCUGUUUUGCAGAUGCCCCCCCCCAGCCCUUGUUCCUGGCCUUUCUCCAGCUGUCCAGCAGAGCUAGCCUUUGUAUUUUGUGCAGGAAGGGUCAAACAGCAACAAGGCCUGACAGCAGGAUCAUGUGGCAACCCGGAGCCCUGGACUUUGUGGCCAGCUUGUGAGGGUGAGGAUUCAGCAGGUCCCUGCAAGCCCCGAAGCGGAGGCCUAGGGGUCAGCUGGAUGUACCCAGGCAGCCAAAGACGCCAUCUGCGAGUGGAACCCGGCAACCCUAACGCCUGGUUGCCUUCACUGAGAUGAUCUGAGGAGGGCUGGAGACGAGCAGGACUCUGAUUCUAAGAUGACCCGAACAGACCCACCUGACGUCCUGGUGUCUGCCGUGUAUCAGGACGUCCCUGUGGCCUCCGUGGGAUCCACCCACUCUGCCUUCUGCCAGCCCAUCAGGCGAUGUGACUCCUCCAUGUCUUCCUCGUUGAAGAACCAGCCUUCCCAACACUUCAACAAGCGACACUGUCGCAGCUUCGAUUUCCUGGAGUCUCUCGACGACCCACCGCCUGUGACUCCCGCCAUGGAGCGGCAUUCCCGACGGCCCCCCACGCCAGAACCCUCCUCGGCUCCCGUCGGCAAGAGGGUGUCUCUCCGGGCCGCUGUGCAGGAAAACUAUAUUUCCCAGGGGAAGGAACUGGCUUCCCGAGCCGAGCCCAAGAGACGGGCCCGAUCCAAGAGCGCGCCCCGCGUCAAAUCCACCUUCACUCCUGUGGUCAUCCCCAUGGCUUCGGGCUCCCCACCGGCUCCAAGUAGGAGAGGGCGGGAAGUCCAUCGAGUGUCCCGAGAGCCUGAGCGGGCAGAAGCGUCCCCUCGCCGGGAAAGCAGCUACGCCUCCAUGAAAGCCUUGAUGAGCGAGGUGCACCCCAUCAAGCUGCAGCCUCAGCGGGCCGGCAGCAGCCGCAUCUCGCCUCUUUGUGUCACAGGAGCAAACUGCCCUGAAGAGGCCGCCCUGGCUGCAAGGCCCCCGCCGCCCAGUGUGCAUGUCAAGCGCCGGGUGGACAUCAAGCCGGACGAGGCUGCUGUACUGCAUGCAGCUCGCAGUGCCAAGGGGUCACAGGGCCAUGGCGAGGCUCUCCUGCCCUGGCCUCGACCUCCAGGCACACCCCAUAGCUUGACCGUGCCCAGCAGCCGGCAAGUGCCCAUGUCUCGGACUCCCACACCCAGUGAUACUUACAGUGGGGAACACCGAGGGCUGGCCCCCUACCCCCCUGAAUUUUGCGAUGGAGGUCCUGCUGUGCCCGAAAGCGGCUGCCUUCCUUACAUCCCCUACGUGCCCCCGAGGUUCUUCUACACAGAGGAGCCAGGCAGUUUCCCUCAGAAAAGUUCCAGCUACAAGUCCUACCCUCCCGCUUAUGGGGGCCAGGUCCUCCCGCCGCAAACCUUUUACGCAGAAGAGCCUCCCCCAGGGGGCUUCUACCCUCUUCCGGCGAGGACCUUUCUGGUGGAGGAAAACAGGUCUCCUUUCCCCAUUCAGGAGGCCCCUGCUCAGGCUUUCUAUGCGGAUGACCCCCGCCUUUACACUCCUAGGACUCUCCCCGCAAAAGCGGUGUAUCCCGAAGACCCCAGGCCUUACCCUGCCUUGAGGGUCAACCCACGCAUCUUCUACACUGAAGACUAUGGGAAAUACCACGAGCGGGAAGCCCUCUCUCGCACUUACCCCCACUCCCGUAUGGCUCCCGCAGUGCAGUUUAAUGACUGGUACUGCCCCGAAAGGGGGACGGUGCCCUACCCAGCCUGGCAGAUGACCCGCUUUCCAGCUCACCAGCCUGCCUCCCAAGCCAUGCUGUCAUCGUGGCACGCCAGCUACAGUGUGAGCCCUCCCCGGCUUGGUGUGGACACCAGGCAUUACUCCAAAUCCUGGGACAAUAUUUUGACCCCUCAUGUGCGCCGGGAAGACCAGCUGCUGCGUGGCCGUAGCUAUGAGAACCUGCUGUCUCGGGACCCACAUCGGGCUUUCUCCCCCGAUGACCGGCGGCAACCAGUGGUGGUGAACCUGUCCAGCUCCCCCAAGCGUUACGCUGCCCUUUCCCUCUCGGAGAACUCCCUCGUCGAGAAGAUGCAUGCUGACAGGGGGCGCCAUGGCUGGUUCGUCACUCCAGAGAUCACCAUCACGGACAACGACAUCCGAGGCAACCAUGGGCUUGGCAAGCAUGACAGGCGCUCAGCCAGUUGGGAUGUCCUGGAUUCAGGGGAUGCCCGAGACAGGGCCUACGUUCCCCACCAAUCCUACGGCCCAGACCCUGGUACCAAAGAGAGCACCGCCCGCCAGCGCAGCCUGGAGCAGUUGGACGAGCUCAUCACCGACCUGGUCAUCGACUACAAGCCUCCUUCCGUCUGCCAGCCCAGCGAGGUCAGCAACCUGGCCGAUCAGCUGAGGCAGUUGAUCAGUGAUGGGCUGGGGCUGCCUCCCAAGAAGCCGGACCCCUGGAGGUCCUCAGAGCCCCAUCCCACCAAAGAGCAGCCUGGCCGCAGCUCCUUCCAUGCUGACCUUUGGAAGGACCAGGGCCGCCGCUCCACCGAGCCCCCGGGGCCCCCCAGGCCCUUGGAGAAAGGCCCGGAGGAUUGUUCCCCGGAUCUCAGCGCUGACGAGGACGACCUGAUGAUGUGCUCCAAUGCCAAGUGCCGCCGCACGGAGACCAUGUUCAACGCCUGCCUCUACUUCAAGUCCUGCCACAGCUGUUACACCUACUAUUGUUCUCGCCAUUGCCGGCGGGAGGACUGGGACACCCACAAGGAGAGCUGCAUCUAUGGACGGAUUGGCAGCACCUGCCGCCACGUGCUGCAGUUCUGCCGGGAGAAUGGUGAGGUGCACAAGGCCUUCUCCCGCAUCGCCAAGGUGGGCUUCCUGUCUCGGGGCCGAGGGGUGCUCUUCCUGGGCUUCCCCAGCUCAGGCUCUGCCGAGAACUUCCUGCAGUUCGGCCUGGAGAGUUUGCUGAUGUCCCCCACUUACCUGUCGCUGCGGGAGCUGGAGGGCUAUUCAGACAACCUUGGGGAGUACGCCCAGGAGCUGCAGGAGGCGGGGCAGCAGUACGACCCCCAGGAAUGUUUCCUGCUGAACGUGACCGUGGCGGUGGGGCAGGAGGUGCCCGAGCGGCCCUCCCCCAAGGUACAGGUGCCAACCGUCCGCAAGUAUGCCAAGAUGGCCUUGGCGUCCUCCAGCCCCGAGAAGAAGAUCCUCAAGAAGGAGCGAGACAUGGAGACGCUGAUCUUGACGCCUCCUCCCGGCACAGCCGACCUGGACAAGGACGGCGAGGAAGGACGCAAAGCGCGAGAAGUUUGCUUCAUCAACAUCCAGCGCGAGCUGCGCAUUCGCGGCGUCUUCCUGCGGCACGAGUUCCCGAAGGUUUACGAGCAGCUGUGUGCCUUUGUGGAAAGCAACAAGCGCUUCACACCCACCACCAUCUACCCCAUGGAUAAGAGGACCGGCAAGCAGUUCAUGUGCAUGAUCAUGGCCGCCUCCGAGCCGCGCACCCUCGACUGGGUGGCCAGUCCCAACCUCCUGGACGACAUCAUGUAAGGCCAGCGGUGUGUCCAGAAGGCGGUGGCCCCUUCCCUUCCCCUCUUACGUCAGUGCUAAGGUGAUGGUUAGUCUCUUCCGGUUCUUUCCGAGCAAGGAUGGUCAAGGUGGGGCCCAGCAAGGGACGGGGUCCCUGGGAGAGGGAGGGCCUGUGUUGGUGGCCCUUCGCCCUUACUGGAUGUGGGCAUUUGUCAUUGUUUGAAGGAUGAAUCCAAAUCUGGUCACCUUCAGUAAAGCAGAUAUUUUAGGAA